AUGGCGGGUAUAAAAGCGAAGGAGCUUAUUGAAACUGUCCGAAUGUUUCCAGCUCUCUAUGAUCAGGCACAAGAGCAAUAUAGAAACUCGGAGUACAAGGACAUUAUGUGGAAAAAAGUUGCGAAGAAACUAAAUGUAGAAGGUCAAGAGGAGGAAUGUAAAAAGAAGUGGAACGGAAUUCGUGACAGUCUGCGAAGAGCGAGACAAAAACGGAAAACCAAAUCUGGACAGGCGGCUAUAUCUUCAAAUAAAUACAAAUUUGAGACCAUUCUUGAAUUUCUGAUUCCUAACCUCGCCGAGCGGAAAGGUAUAGGUAACGUUCCUGAUGAAGCGGAAGAAAAUAAUGAAACCCAACCCACUGAUGACCCCCAAAUGCAGAACCUAAACAAUGAUAUAAAUGCAGAUAUAAAUGAGUAUGUCUCUGAUGGGACUGCAGAAUCCGAGUCGUUGCUACCACCUAGAACUCCAUCAGCUAGUCGAGUUUCUAUCGACAACAGGACUCCAUCUGCAAAACGCAAAAGAAAGCUCCCACAUACCGAAAUGAAACCUGGAGAAUCUGCAUCAUCUCAGCUAAUGGCAUAUUUAUUGGCUGAGAAAGAAGCUGAGAAGAAAAAAAAACCUAGUGACAAUGACGAACAGCAUCCCGUUGAUGUAUUUUUGUCUGGAAUUGCUGCAUCUCUGAAAUCACUGGAUCCUCUGCGCUUACAUUCUGCCAAAGGGAAGAUCUUUAAUAUUGUUCAAGAGUAUGAACUAGAGCAGCUUCGUGAAAAUAACAACCGACAAACUGCUAUGGUUGUUACAAGGAAUGUGUCCUCUGACACAACAUCUUUCACACUGUCAGAAGAAGAAGGAUCGUGUUUAGAUGGACAUCUUUCGAGUGGUGUACCACAAACAUCAUCAUCUCCUGCUGUCAAUGCUGACACGUACACCAACGUAACAUUUUUUCAACUUUAA